AUGACCGAUACUGAAAGCCAGGAGCGGCUUGACCAGCAAAUCGCGCAUCUCGAGCGUCAGCUUGAACAUGAGGUUGCAAACGCCGGUCGUUAUCAGACACAACUGAGUGCGCUCCACGCGUCCUUCCAACGUGUGUCUCGUGCGCUCGGAUGUACGACUCCUGAGGAACUGGACAGGGUUGUUUUCGGAGACAGAACGAUUUGGAACCGGACAAACAUUGAAUAUAAUGCGAAACGCGUACCCACACUGAAGGAGGAGGUGAAGAAGGCAAAGGAAAGGAUUUCGAGGCUGGAGCGCGAGGGCGAAGCGCAUAUAAAGCAGUUGGAUGAGCGAGAAAAGGCGAAAGAGUCACUUCAGGAAAGUCUUCUGCAGAGCACGGCUGAGCGUGACAACUCUAUGAAUGAUCUCAUCACCGCACGUACGGCGUUGGCCUCGGUGCGAAAGGAACUGGACGAGACACGCGAAGAAAUCAGCGCGGUUCGACUAUCGCACGACAACAUGAGGACUAAACACCUGUCUUUGCGAAUCCGUAUGCAGGGAGAGCGUGCGCGACGUUUGUCUGAAAUGAAGCGCCUCAGCAAGGCUUCGAAGACGAGCAAAGACGCGCUUUAUCAAGCUGCAAUGAGGAUCGUCUUCGCCUUUGAGAGCCUUCCUAGGGACACCGAGUCUGAGGUUGAGGUGAAGCUUGAGGGCGCGGACUCCGAUGGCGUAUUUCCUAGCCUGGUCGCGAACGAGGAGAGCAAAACUAUUCGCUCUGUGGGCGCGCACGACGCAGACUCGUCGCCCGUACCGGUGGUUCUUGGCACGUCGAGCAUACCAAAUACUCCGACGAAGCCACGUCGUGCACUGGCUGCUGGAGCUACAUCGAGCGCCAAUGCCACCAGUUUUCGAAUCCCUGGCCCUGGCCCCUCCACUCGACUCGGCGCGGUAGUCUUAGCUGCGGAUGCCUCCGAUACCAAAUCUUCCCCAGAUACGCUGGAAGAGUUUUCCGCCAAGGCAUCACCCCUACGACGCAGUCCCCGAAAGCUAACCCCACAGAAGCGAAAGCGAUUGUCAGUCGAGAACGAUGAUAGCGAGGACAAUCACGCACCGCCUUCGUCGCCUCGCUCGAACGUGAGCGCUACGCAAGAUGAGACCCAAGCUCCACGUCCUCGGUUCACGCCCACGAAACGCGCACGACGUACUUCCGAUUUGUCCAUGUCGGUAGCUCGUCCACGCGAUGCUUUGGUACCCUUUGUCAGCCAUGUUACACCCAACUCGACCACACCCGCUGCUCGUCAUAACAAGCAGGACUCCGAGUCGCUGCCACCCCCUUCGCGGGUUGCUCUUGUGUCUGGAUACCCCCAAUCGCGUACACGUCCUGCAACUAGUCCUCGCUGGCCAGCGAGCUCCAAGCGACCGAACCUGUUCACAUUGGACAAGUCCGAGAAGCCGAUGUUCAGCCCCAAAAUAUUGCGCACGUAUAGCAAGCAGAUUCAAGUCCCCAUAACUCGAGGCCGCGACAUGACCUUCGAUGGUAAGGCGGCCCGGAAGAGAGGCAGGUACUCGGCGCCGGAACUAUCAACUUCCAGACUUCAGCUAGAAGAUGAAGAAGAUACCGAGCCCGAAGAGGGCGAGACAAACGCCGGAGCGUCGAAACCUAUUUUUCCAUAUGAGGAGGUAGUGCGAGGGAAGCGUAGGAAGGAACUCGGCGCUGAAGAUUGCGAGGAGUGCUGGGAGUACUAUGAAGCCGUUGGGCCUAUGCCGCCGCGUUUACAGGCCCCACUAUGGCGCAGUCCUUCGUCGUCGCCUCAGCAUCAUCGUCACAUUCAUCACCAUCACCACCGUGCUGAAGUGAUGCCUUCCACUUCAUCUAGCAACCGAGGUAACGAGAGGAUCGGGACAACGCGUCCUCGUGGCGAUGUACACUAUGACGCCGACUUCGAUGACGCAUUUUUUGAUCACCAAAACAAUGCUCAACGCGGGAAGCAAGUCGACAGUCACAUGCAAGAGAUUUCACGUCAUCGGGCGGUGUUUUCGCGUCCGAAGACGCCCCCAGGUUUCUGGGAUAUCAACUUCCCAGACACACCAAAGGUAGACGCUCUUAACAAGGAGGCAUACGAAAUGCAUACGAAGAAUGAGAACAAGAACCAAAAACGGUGA